AUUUACACCAACUAAAGAGCUAAACGAUGUUGUAAAUUGAGACUUUCCAUUAUUGUAGAGCGCGAACAUGUUUGGUCAAAAUCCAACAAAUCCGUUGGGAAGCAGUGGACCCGGCGGAUUCACAUUUGGAGGAGUACCAGUUACCACUAGCACUUCUACAGGACUAGCUUUUGGAGCACAGCCUACUGCCACUGGUGGAAUUUCAUUUGGAACGACACCUAAAGCGACAACACCGGGUCUCACACUGGGUGGGACUCCUGGAGGGUUCACACAGGGCACAACUGUUACAACUAAACCAACUGUAGGCUUCAACUUGAAUGUUACACCCGCAUCUGCAUCAUCUGGUCUGACACUAGGUGGCACCACUGGGCUAGGAGGCACCACCGGUCUAGGUGGCACUACUGGACUAGCUGGCACAACUGGGCUAGGUGGCACAACUGGGCUAGGUGGCACAACUGGGCUAGGUGGCACAACUGGGCAAGGAUUUGGUGCUAAGACAACAACCGCUGCGUCUACUGGAUUCUCACUAGGUGGUCUGGUCACACAGGCAUCAACAGGAUUGGGGACAGGAUUAGCUGCUACAACCUCCACGGGUACAGGAUUGAGUUUUGGAUCCAUCACAUCAACCAGUGCAUCAACGGGUUUAAACUUCGGAAAGACUACAUCUUCAACUCUUGGAGCUACACUAGGAGGUGGCACCGGUUUGUUUUCUACCACUACAGCGACAACAGGAACAGCUGCUACAACAGGCAGCAUAUUCAAUACAGUAACAACCACCACAGCUACAAUUGGACUCGGUGGAGUCGAUCCACAAACAUCAGUUGCAGGAAUUGGAACAUCUGGUGCAUUGGGAAAAACAAGUGAUGGGAAAGCUCCGAAAGAAACAAAUAUUCCACAAAUGUUAGUGGAAACAGUGGAUUCAUUUCAAAAAUAUGUUAAGGAACAGAAGACGGUGCGAGAGGGAAUCGCCCGAAUGUCCACAAAGCCUAUGUUGAAAGUGCAGGAAGACAUCGCAGCUCUAAAGCAGCUGUUGGCUGUCGUGUCCAAUGGUUUACAAAGAAAUGCAUGUGCUGUGGAGAAACUCAAGCAUGAAAUGACUGAGGAGUUGAAGAAUGCUGAGAUGGCGUUGAGAACUAAAGACAUUCCACCCGGUCUUCAGUACGAGAACACCGCACCAACAGAGUAUUUCCAGCAUCUUGUAGAAGAGUUUGAGGGUAGAAUGCUGACAUAUCGUCAACAGAUAGAAACUCUAGAAAGUCAUUUAGCUGCUCUGCAUGAACCGGCGAGACAUUCUCCUGCUGAAUUGAUUGCACUGAUGAAAAAACUUCACGAAGCUUUCAUUGCUCUGGCUGCACAGCUGCAACAGGUUAAUGAAGCAGUCAAGACACAAAAGGAGCACUAUUUAAAUUACAGAAAAAUAUUUUAUGCAGAAACCAAAAAUAUUUUUGAGAAGCAGAAGAAAGUUGUACCAGGUCCACCGACCGUACAGUACAUGACAAAGGCCGGACCCAGUACAUUCACUGGUGUCACAAACGCUGCAGCCGCGGCAAUGGCAUCAGUCCUCACUCGCUCACAGCAGCCAAGUGGUGCACCACCAGUUGCAGGACUAACCUCGGGAACACUAGGAAGCGGUGUUGGUGGUUUGGGAACUGCAAGUGGAUUUUCAACAUUCAGAGGACUACCUGUAGUACAAGCAACUGGAUCAACAGGUAUUGGAUUAACUGUUCCCCAAAUGUCAUCAUUGAUGGGAACACCAACCUUUGGCACAGACACUGUUGAUGCCAACAAGCCGUUACAACUACAGAAACCUCCAACUGGUGCUAAGAGAGGAAAAAGAUGACAUGGCUUUUGAUUUAAAUUACAAACAUUUUAUGUGGUUGAACUAAGAUUUGAUACCUUGAAUGGCUAUUCACUUGUUUGCUUUUGCACUCAUUUUAAUCAACAUUAAUUCAGAAAUGGUGAUUAUUGCAUCACCUGUCAGUAAAUGUUUUGUCUAUUCUCGGCAGUCAAUAUAUUUUGGAGCUCGAUGAACAGUUCUGUAGGACACCAAAUAUGACAUUGUCGUUGAAGUCCCCAUUUGAUUAUAGUAUGCAAUUUAAAAUAUGUGAAACUGAACAAAUGUGCAAUUAUGGGAUGGGUGGAUUUGUGGACAUUUAUGUAUAAGAAUAUAACAUUUUAUUACAUGUGAAAAAGUGUUGUAUUGCAUUUUGAAUAAAAUGUUUUAAUAAUC